AGUAGUCGCAGUCAUUUUUGCUGCUGCUGUAUUGCAGCAGGAAGUCUCACUCCGGAACGGUAGCGUUUGUUUAGUUUCGAUUUCCAAGUAACAUACAAUAACAAUAAUAACGUACCCAGGCCAAUAUACGUGAUAAUAAUUUCACCCACGUCGAUUCUGUUUAUUACGACGAACUGUCUGUCCGAAUGCGGCUGCUGUGAAGCGCCACAAAGGCCUCUUUCACUUGCGGGAAUGACGGAGAACUUCGAUCGUGCUCCCGGGGCUGGACGGAACCGGGCAAAGCCUAACAGCCCCGGAUUGGGAGAGCAGGCGAUCGGCCGGAUCCUUGUGUCUGGGGCCGGGGGAGCGAGUGGAGAUGCGCAACCCAAACAGUGUUUUUUCCAACAGGAGCCACUCAGACAGCCGAGAACGUCCCCUCCUCCAGUGGUAGAAAACAAUGCAAGUGCAGUUUCAGACAGUAGAAGAGCAGCCAGAACCCCCCCUGGAGCACAUGAGAAGCACUCAGCACACAACAAUAACAGCGCACCAAGAGUCAACCCCCAAGUGGCAGACGUCCUUCUUGCAGAUUCAAGACUGUCAGCAACAGCACCAGAGUUCUACCCAGCAAAUUACAGCUCAUACACAGAUACAUCUUUUGAAGAUGGAAGCGAUAGCUUUUCCAUACAAUCUGAGCCCACUCUUUCGGAAUUUGUGCAAGAUUUCCUAAGCCACUUGAAUGAUUCCCCGGGAGCUUUUGAGACUGACAUUGAGCACAUCACUGCGAUGCUGAAUGGGUGGGUCACUACAGACGAGAUGCUUCACGAACUUGUAGAACUAAUCUAUCAACAGUCCACAUUGGUCCCGAACUUCUCAUACACAGGAGCACGACUGUGCAAUUACUUGUCUCAUCACUUAACUAUGAGUCCCCCAAGUGGCAAUUUUAGAAAGCUGCUGCUUCUGAGAUGUCAGACAGAGUUUGACAAGAGAGAACAGGCAGUGAAGGAGGAUGAAGCCACUCGGAAACGUUUUCAUUCUUUUGUGCUGUUCUUGGGGGAACUGUACCUGAACUUGGAGAUAAAGGGGUCAAACAGGCAGAUGAACAGAGCUGAAAUUCUUCUGACUGGUCUUCGGGACUUAAUGAAUGCACUUUUCUCUAACCCUGUUGAUGGUAACCUUAUUUGUGCAGUGAAGCUACUAAAGUUAACUGGGUCUGUUUUGGAAGAUGCAUGGAAAGAAAAAGGAAAAUCAGAUAUGGAUGAGCUUAUUCAGAGAAUUGAAAAUAUCGUGCUUGAUGCAUCCUGCAGCAGGGAUGUGAAGCAGAUGUUACUGAGGCUGGUGGAGCUGAGGUCCAGUAACUGGGGGCGAGUUCAGGCAGCAGCAGCUUGUAGCGAAGCCACUCCAGAAAAUGAUCCCAACUAUUUUAUGAAUGAGCCAACAUUUUACACAGCAGACGGUGUACCUUUUACUGCAGCUGAUCCAGACUAUUCUGAAAAAUACCAGGAGAUGCUGGAUCGUGAGGAUUUAUUUCCAGAUUUCUAUGAGGAGAAUGGUACACAUCCUUACAGCGGUGAUGCAUACUUGGAUGAUGAUGAUGAUGACGAUGAAAUGGACCCAGAAAUUGAAGAAGCCUUUGAAAAAUUCUGCUUGGAAUCAGAAAAGAACAGAAAACAAUGAGCAAAAAGUAGACUAGCACAGAAUCCUUUUAUGUUUAUACUGCAGGAAUGUUAGCAGCUGUAAAAAAAAAUAAAGUAUUACAUUUUAGCAAAACACAGGAUAUGCUUACAUUUUAAGAAAGUUAUCACAUCUCCGCUCCUUUUCUUUCGUUUUUAUAUAGCAGGGAUUUCUGUUAAACUACAAGGCAGCACAUCUUUAAGCACGUACUUCAGCAAACUAAUGGAAUACAGCUUAUUGAACCAAGAUAUUACAGGUACAAAAAAAAUAAUUUGAAUUAAGAGAAUAAAAAUCUAAUCCCAGAGAACAAAAUGUUUGUUUUUUAAGUUAAUGUGGAUGUUACAGUAUGUUUGGCUGCAAUAAAUCCUUUCUAACAAGAAUUGCCUGAUUUCUAGUGGAAUGUUUUUAUAUAGUCUUUUUUUCAGGAAUCGGAUGUCUUGGGGGUGAAAUGGGGCUCUUGUUGAGCUCCAAGUAUCUAAACACGCUUAAGGAAAGGGCUUUGGGUUAAGUGUAAAACAUAUCUCAAUGUUUGUUUAUUGUGUUACUUAAUAAAAUAUUAAUUGCAAUAUUAAGAAAACACAUGUUCUGGAUAAAAAUAUUUGGAAAGUACUGAAACUGUACAUUCAUUUUUAUACACUGCAUUACUUGUCUCUUUUGUUAGUGUUCUGAGAAAUAUGAUUAAAUCCUUUAUUUUAA